UGUAAUUGAAGUCUGCAUAUAGUUUGCUUUGCGUGGCUUUGUUUACCGGACUCCAAAAUUUAUUGAAAAUGAAAAUUAAAAAAAAAUCAAACGCAGUCAGGGUUCCACCUGUGAAGAAAGCUAUAAAAAUCAAACGCAAAUCAUUGGAUAUCGAAGGGGAAUCGACAGUAUCGAAGGCGUUGAGGAAUGUGAAAAAAGUUUUGAAGGACAAAAGUGUAGACUCGACGAAACAGGUUCCAACGUUACAAGUUAAAUCACGUAGACGUAGAUCAACGAAGAAAAUAAUCAAAACAAAAGCGAAACCUGCGAAAGGUAUAGUCUACUUGGGUCAUAUUCCUCAUGGCUUUUAUGAAGAACAAAUGAGAAACUAUUUUAAACAAUUUGGUAAUGUAACCAGGGUGCGAGUUUCAAGGUCAAGGAAUACUGGUAAAAGUCGUGGUUAUGGGUAUAUUGAAUUCGAAAAUGCAGAUGUAGCAAAAAUAGCUGCAGAAACAAUGAACAACUACCUAAUGUGUGGUAGAUUAAUGAAAGCUACAUGUAUUCCACCAGAGAAGCAACAUUCCCGCUUCUUUAUUGGAACUCCAUGGACAAGCGAAGAUUAUCCAAAACUAAGAAAUAGAAAUACUGCAAAUGAAUUAAGAGACACAAGCAUUACAAAUGAUAGCAGUUUUGUACAGAGUACAAAAGCAAAACUAUCAGCAUUAGAAAAGAAAUUGAAAGACAAGGGCAUUGACCUCAAAUUUAAAACAAGUAACUAAAAAGCAUGACGAUCGCAUAAAUAUUUUUAAUGUUAGUUACAUAGUUACAGCACGAAAUUUAAACUUAAGUAUUAUAGAUGAAUUAAAUGUAAUCUUUUUAUAUAAAAUACUAUUUACAGUGAUACAGUUACAUAAAUUUUCUCGAAUUUGGAGAAAAGUAGCUGAUCAA